AUCCUGGAGUCCGAGAAGGGAGGAGCAGUUUCAAGGCUCCACCCAGAAGCAUCGGAAUCGAGGUGUCCUGCUUCCGGCUUGCGGGCUGUUCUACAGCUGCUGUGCUACGUCAUCAGUCGGUGCCGGAAGUAACGUCUCGGUGCCUUGGAGACGAAAUGCAGCUGGGGCGGCGGCGGCGCCCGAGCGGGUGACAGGUGGGAGGUGGGGUGGCUCGGCGGGGAGGUCCCUCAGUACGUACUCGGUUCUCCCUUCCGUACCACGGGCCCCUGCCACCUUUGGCCCAAGCCCCCGCAUAACACAGUGUGGUGCGGUGGUAAGAGCCCUGGAUUGGAUUGAGAAGACCCGGAUUCGAGUGCUGGCUCUGCCAUUUACUGAUCGCGUGUUACUGGGAGAGUCGCUUCCCUCGUCUAAGUCGUAAAGUGAGGGGGGUGGAUUAGGGGGCCCAGAAGGGCCCUUCCAGCCCUCACCCUGUGAUCGUAUGCUCUCAGGGCGCUUCCCUCCCCAUCCUCGACCCCACAGGGUCUCCCCCCCGGCAUGGAGCCACCCCCAGAAGACAACCUGGACUGGGAUGAGGACUCGGACCCUGAGGCAGACCCGGAUGUCCAAGCCCAGGAGUACAUCGACCGAGUUCUGGGUUCGCCCAGCCCGGCCCCAGCCCGCACGGUCCUGGCGCCCCCGCCUGCGGUCAGCCCCCGACCACCCCCAGCAGAGCUGUGGCGCGAAUCCCUGCGGUCCCCUGGCGGGGAGCCCGGCCCAGACGCAUCCGGUCUGCUGGGUCUGCCGCUGGAGCUAAUCCUGGAGAUCUGCUCCUACUUGGAGGCGAGGCUGGUGCUGGGGGUUCUGCCCCUGGUCUGCCGGUCCCUCCGGGACAUCGUCCAGGACCAGGUUAUGUGGAAGAUCCGUGUGCAGAAGCUCCUGGGGGGGGCCUACCCCGUGGUGGAAGAGGAGAACUUUGACUGGCCCGCUGCCUGCAUUGAAUUAGAGGAGCACUUGGCCCGCUGGGCAGAUGACGGGCGAAGGGCCGAAUACUUCUGCUUGUCGGACGGCCACUUUGCCUCCAUCGACUCGGUGCUCCUGCUGCAGGGUGGGGCACUCUGUGUCUCUGGCUCCCGAGACCGCAAUGUCAACUUAUGGGACUUAAGACAGCUUGGAGUAGAGCCAGGCAAAGUUCUGGUCAAGGCCCUGGGUACCCAGCGCAGUGGGACCCACAAGGGCUGGGUCUGGUCCUUGGCUGCCCAGGAUAACCGCGUCUGCUCGGGCUCCUGGGAUAGCACUGUGAAGCUCUGGGACAUGGAAGCUGAUGGGCAGCAGUUUGGGGAAAUCAGGGGCAAGGCUGCAGUUCUCUGUCUCUCCUACCGUCCUGACAUCCUGGUCACUGGCACCUAUGAUAAGAAAGUGACUGUUUACGACCCCCGAGCGGGCCAGGCCCUGGUAAAGAGCCGAAGGCUGCAUUCCAGUGCCGUGCUGGCCUUGUUGGCUGAUGACCAGUACAUUAUCUCAGGAAGUGAGGAUCGGACCUUGGUGGUGUUUGAGAGGCGGACCAACAGUGUCCUACAGCGGCUGCAGCUGGAGUCAUAUCUAUUGUGCAUGUCCUAUCGAGAGCCCCAGCUCUGGGCUGGGGACAACCAGGGUCUGCUCUAUGUGUUUGAGAACCACGGAGGCCAAUUCAAGCACGUCAGGGUGUGUCCUUCGAUGUGGGGCAUAGGUCACAAAUCACUGGCAUUGAACAUUCCUUGGGGUCACUUUAUACCACAUCGACGGACAAGACCAUUCGGGUACACGUGCCUACUGACCCACCAAGGACCAUCUGCACCCGAAGCCACCACAAUGUUCUUAAUGGGGUCUGUGCUGACGGCAACAUGGUGGUAGCUGCAUCUGGGGGCCUGUCUUUGGAGGUAUGGCGAUUGAAGCCCUGAAGAAGGCAGGGCCCAGAGGACCGAGUCUGGCUGAGGCAUCCUGGGAUACUUCCCUCAUCACGGCCCCAACCCCAAGGUUGGGGACCAUCCCAACUGUCCAGGUCUCAGACCUGGUUCUGUGGUGCUACCAGAGUCCCUGGCCGUUUUCUGUAGUGGCCAGGGAUAUUGCUCCCACUGUGCAAGGUCAUAGCUCCUGAGGGGCCGGAUGAGUGGUGAGGUCCGUCCCAUGAGGGCUUGGCUGGUCCCCUCCCCUCCCUGUUAUUUAUUAUUGGAAUAUCCUUUUUUUCCUGCUGUUGAGGCCAAAGCUCAGGAAUAAACCUGUUGGAUGAUU